GCGGCGGCGGCGGCGGCGGCUGGGCAGAGCUGGGCCAAGCUGCGGACGCCGGGCCCCCCGAUCCCCGCCAGGCUGCAGGCGCCGGGCCCGGGCCGUCAGGGCAGCUGUUACCCUUGCGUUCAGCGGGUGGCGAGCUGGGGGUGCUCCCGGAACCCCGUCCCCGGGAUCAUGGGGAAUGGUAUGACUAAGGUACUUCCCGGACUCUACCUCGGAAACUUCAUUGUCCCUUCCUCCCUGGGAGCUUCCUCAGCAGCUCACACCACAUCGACUUCUGAAUGUUUGAUGCCAAAGACACAGAUCAGCUAGGCCGGAAUAAGAUCACACACAUCAUCUCCAUCCAUGAGUCACCCCAGCCUCUGUUGCAGGACAUAACCUACCUUCGCAUCUCAGUGGCCGACGCCCCUGAGGUACCCAUCAAAAAGCACUUCAAGGAAUGUAUCAACUUCAUCCACUGUUGCCGCCUCAAUGGGGGAAACUGCCUUGUACACUGUUUUGCAGGCAUCUCCAGAAGCACCACCAUCGUGACGGCGUAUGUGAUGACUGUGACGGGGCUAAGCUGGAGGGACGUGCUUGAAGCCAUCAAGGCCACCCGGCCCAUUGCCAACCCCAACCCAGGCUUUAGGCAGCAGCUUGAGGAGUUUGGCUGGGGCAGUUCCCGGAAGCUUCGCCGGCAGCUGGAGGAGCGCUUCGGCGAGAGCCCUUUCCGCGACGAGGAGGAGGUGCGCGCGCUGCUGCCGCUGUGCAAGCGCUGCCGGCAGGGCUCGGCGAGCGCGGCCGCUUCCCCGGCGCCCAACUCCACGGCCUCGGAGGGGACCCUGCAGCGCCUGGUGCCGCGCUCGCCCCGGGAGGCCCACCGGCCGCUGCCGCUGCUGGCGCGCGUCAAGCAGACUUUCUCCUGCCUCCCGCGGUGUCUGUCCCGCAAAGGCAGCAAGUGAGGAUCCCGCCCCCGCCGUGGCUCCCCUCGUCCUCCCGACUGGUCCCCCUUCUGGGAUCGUCCGGGCCUCUCACGGCCUUCAGGAGGGGCCCAGCGCCCGUGGGAGCGAGCGCCGCGGCGGCCUGAUCCCUGCCCCUGCCCCUCUGCCCGCCUGGCUUGUCUGCGUCCGCAGUCCGUGUGUCCAUCUGUGUGUGUGGCUCUGUGUCUGGGCCGGCCUGCUGCAGCCACCUGGUGCCUUAGUCCUUGGGCUGGGGGAGGGUGCACCCGCGCCUCCCCCCCGCCCCGCCCCAUUGCAGGCGGCGGGAGUGGGAGUGGGGGAGGGGGAGGGUUGGAUGGGCCUGGAGGAUAUUAAAGAGACACAGAA